UCCACACCGGAUAUUCCAAAUAUGGUCAAGACACGCUGCUCUCUGAUUGGCUGCUCACAUUAGCGACAGGGUUGUUGCUGGAGCGCUCUGAGUGGGAGAUCCAUCAUUCUAAUUGACAAGGGAUACGAAAAAUCACAGUUUUUAAUAGAAAAGGGCGCGGUUGAAGUAUUUUAAUUGUUAUAUUCUUUUUUUGGUCAUUUUGCAUACUCGGUUUAUACAUUAAUGAUGUGUCUAUUUCUCAUAAUUAUAUUCCUGGUGAGACAAUCACGCACCCGCAGAUGAACCAAGAUGUAAAUCUCUAUAAUGUGCAUAAAUCAUAAUCUCACAGAGGAAUGCGAAAGAUAGGCUGCAAACAAAGCACGUAAAAUGACGUACUUGUUCAUUCAUGUGAACGCUGCAGCGUUAUAACUUAACAAAACAACCUAACUUUACGCAUUACGCACUUUAUUUGAACGCAUAAAAUUUUGAAUUAAAAUGAGCAUCAUUUUGUGCCAGGGAUAUUUGCGAAAUGCCGUAUAUAUAUAUUUGGCUCGUGCUUAUCUGUCUCCCCUCCGGAUCAGUGGUACAGUCUCACAGAUUUCAUUCAUAAAAAUCUGCCUCACUAUAAAGAGAAGCAGCGCUGAUGGCUGGUGCCUCCUAGCGUAGUAACCUCAAUCUAGAUUUAAAAAAAAAAAACCCUGCAGAAUAGCAUUUGUUGACAUUAGUCACAUAUUGAUCUGGUUCCCAGCAUCUCCUGGAGCGAUCUAGCAGAAGUGAUGCCUAAAAACGCGAGUGUUUCUCAGGUGUCUGCAGAACAGCUGCUGCACACAUCAGCUGCUGAGAUGAAGGAUACGCAGAAGACAGGUAUUCUGAAGGAUGCUGAUGCUCCCUUUGUUCCAACGGUCACUGCUGUAGCUUCAGCUCCAGAUCUCAAGUGGAUGGUCCUGUCGACUGACAUCUCUUCAGUGUCGCCCUGCAGACACGAGAAAACACAGAGCUCAUCUCACUCCACAGAUGUCAAACCAGCAAGAAAGACCUUCAAUGGCCGGAGAAAGGGGGUGAAAGAUCAGCUUUCUCCAGAGGAAGAGGAGAGGAAGAGGAUUAGAAGAGAAAGGAAUAAACUUGCAGCCGCCAAGUGUCGAAAUCGUCGGCGAGAACUAACCAACAGCCUCCAAGCUGAAACCGACAGUCUCGAGGAGGACAAAGCAGCUCUGCAGUCUGAGAUCGCCAGUCUGUUAAAGGAGAAAGAACGACUCGAGCUUAUCCUUUCUGCUCACAAACCCCACUGUAAACUCACGGAGGAGACGGCAGCGGAGACCGAGGAACAUACCCAAGCCCAGGACGAGCAGACUCAAGCUCCCACCGCCUCCCCAGAACAGGUGCCCACCUCACCUCAGCAGGUCGACCCCACCAGCACUGCGAUCUUUGGGGACUCUGACGUCCUUCUGUGUUCCAGUGCCGAACUGGGUGCCGCUGAGGUGGAACCGUACAUCGAUAUGAGGGAUGUGUCCAUGGAAGACAUUAGCGACGUGAUAGACAGCGGCGAUGACAUGGAUCUGUUAGUGCCAGAUAUCGACCUCACUAGCUCUCUGGGCCUGAGUGAAUGGGAAACCCUGUACAUGUCAAUGGGGGGCGGGUUAGAACCUCUCAGCUCGCCUACAUGCAGCCCCACCUGUAGCAGCACCAACGCCGUGCCCGUCUUCAGCUUCAGCAAUGCAGAUGUGGAGAAGCAUGACACCGGCAAAGAGGCCAAACCUAAUGCAGCCAAAGAAAUCUUGAAGACUUUAUGAAGGUUCUGGCACAUCGCUCUUAAAAAUAAAGGUUUUAGUUCCCCAAAGAACCAUUUUUUCUUAGUGUAGAACAUUUUAAAUUAUUUCCACUACAUAGAACUGUGAAGGUUCCGUGGAUGAUAAAGGUUCUUAAUGGAACCAUAAAUGCCAAUAAAGAACCUUUAUUUUUAAGAGUGAAAUAUUCUGAGGAAGAAGGGUGUGAAAUAUAUCUGUCCAUGAACCGAAAACCCCUCAGAAAAAUGCUUUCAUAAAUGAGUCUGACAUGUUCAACAUUUACAAAAAAUAUAGUGAAUGCUGUGCAGUAGAUGUAAUGUGAUCUUUACAUCCAGUGAAGUCACUAUAGUCACUGUUUGUUUCUUCCAGAUGUUGACAUUGUUGAAUAUGCUGUUCAUCCUGUGAAAGACAUGCUAUCAUGCACUUUUGUACCAGUAGGUACGUGUAACUGUAUCAGUUGAUGUGGUGAUGUACAGUGCAGUCCGUUACACCGUGUCUAAGUGUGUGACUAACUGUUUUUUGGUAUUGUCAAAAAAAUGUAAUCCUGACCAUGGUGGCAAAAUAUAUAUGUAUAUAUCAUUAUGCAUUUAUUUAUUUUUUGUUCUUUCUGAUUCCUUUUCAGUGGUCUGGCAUGUUUCUAAUAAACAAAGAAUGAAUAUUACAAUUAAAAAGCGUGUGGGUGUAUUUUUUUAUUUUAUUUUUUA